AUGAACUAGUAGAUAAGGACCUCUCUUUAGUAGAAGUCGAUGCAUAACUAAAUAAAAAUCAAUAUCAACAAUGGAUGCUAAGCUGCUGGAGCUAGUACUAUAAAUUAGGGAGGAUAUGACUAGAAUGCUUCAUUUUCUAAUGUGGUUGAUAGAUUAACCACCAAAAAAAGCAGGACAGUGAUCUAAUCAGCAGAGCAGGGCACAGCCAAGGAAAAAUUCAAUAAAUGGACCACCCAGGUCAUCAAGGAUGAGUCUGAAUAUGAAGACACUCUUCAUGCAAUAUAAUAUAGAUUGGCUAAGAGCAAGCACUCAGAUUUCUAUAUCAAAUUAAACAUUUUGCAAGAAAGAAUAUAGGUUUAUAAGUAUCUAUUCCUUGAUAGGACGCCUAAAUAUUUAUAGAAGAAGUAGGUUCAAUAAGAAGAAAAAAUUCAAGAAGAAUUAAAGCCAUAAGUUAGGAGAAACUCUAGAAGAAGGCAGUCCAUGAGAUGGUUAUCAAAGGAGUUAAAGACUACUGAUCAGCAACUGGACAUGAAUAAAAUAAUCAAACCGAUGAACGGUCAAAGCAAUCAUAACUACCAUAAUCUUAAUUUUACUUAAAACAGUUCUACUAAUGCUGCUUCAGGAUUGAAGAUACCUUUAAAACUGACUUAAGAUCCUAAUUCAAUGAUAAGCACAGGAUCUUCAAUGGCUGGAAGAAGACUGACUAGAGCUCAUGUAAACUAAAAUGACAUUUAAAACCUCAACUUACAAUACCCAAAGCAUGAAGCCAAAGUAAACAAAGUGAGAUCAACUUCUAGUUUGCUAACAAAUCUAAAAUAGCGAGCAAACUAUAAUAGCUAAGUGUUCUAUACUGAAGUUCAAGACUUGAAUUCACCAGGGUCUGCAAUACCAUUUGACAAUGAUUCAAAUCCUUAGAAUAGCAGAGGUUAGAAGGGUAAAAUGGAAAAGAUCCAGAGCAAGGAUGAAAACAUGAUAGUUCAAUUAGUUACUGAUAUUAAUACAUUAAGUAACGAAAAGUAAAAGUAAAUUGGCAAAAAGCUAUCAAUGCCAAGUCUCGAUCUUCAGAGAAUGAGCUAUAAUCAAACAUAUGAUGACUUUUCAAUGAGAAGGUAUGUAAAUCCACAGUACGACAAAGUUUAAUCUAAGAUUUCAAAUUACAUUUCUAGCUAUCAAGAUUCGGAACUUUACAAGAAGAUUAAAGAAUAAAGAGAAGACAGAAGAAAGUUUAUAGAAAAACUAAGAGAAGCUAAAGAGAUUUAGGAGCUGGAAGAAAAAAGGAUGAUAAAGACAGAGAGGGGUGUCUGCAUCCCCAUAAAAGUGUAAUUUGAUUACUCUAAAACCAAAAGUCUUUAUGACUAAUCCAUGCAAUCGCUUAAAGACACCACUAAGUAUGCUCAAACAGUAAGGAAGAAGAUGUUCAGUAAAAGACUAUCAUCUCUGUGA